CGAUUUGUAUUUGGGCUGAUAAAAUAUAAACAGAGAAAGCAAAGUAAAUGCAAAAUUACAGCUUUAUGUUCAAAAGUCAAUGACAGAUCACUAAGAGUUGUCAAAAUUGACUCUUAUAGUGAACACUUAUCGAAAUAUCUACAUACAGAUUAGUCAUCAGCUUGUGGAGAUUACAACAACAUAUGGUCCCAUUGAAAAGCACAUGGAUUGUAAUGGAAGAAUGAAAAAAAUAAAAAAAUCUUACUAAGGGCUGGUUUAGAAGGGAAGGCUUCUGCAGGCAAUAAAAUUUUCCCAGGGAUUUAAAAAAUAGAAAAGGGAGAAAUAAAGGAAGAAGACUCACUGUGAGGGAGCAAUGGCAUGACUACAGAGCAUCGGCAAAAAUACCCACAGGUACAUGUGGACAGUCAGUAAGUGAUGCACAAGAUACAAUUGGAAAUAAGUCAGGGAUGGUCAGAAUGUGCAGAAGCUUACAUGCCUAACUUAGUGCUUGGAAUACAAAACUCAAAAUAUGACUGGAAAGGAAAGCAGAUGCAAAAAAAGAAAAGAAUAUAUGUAAUAAAGUCUGUGAUUGCUGAACAAGUGAAUAACAACAAAUCUUUUUUUCUCAGUCUGAAGAGAUUAUUUCCUAGGAAGAUCAUCUGUUCAUCUGAAUGAACCAAAGACCAACAGGGCAGACAUACCAACACUGCUUGGAUAAACUCCUUCAUUUGUCAAGCAGCAUGUCAGAUUCUAACAUCAGUGAUAACACUCUCUCAGCCACUCUCUUUCUGACAGGAAUCCCAGGGAUGGAGGACAGUCAUAUCUGGAUUGCUAUCCCAUUUUGUGUCAUGUACCUGGUGGCACUAGCUGGAAAUACUUCCCUUAUUUUGGUCAUUGUGACAAGUAAUACUCUUCAUGAACCCAUGUACCUCUUCCUUUGCCUUCUCUCACUCACCGACUUGGCCCUCGGCUCGACCACAGUGCCCAAGACGCUGGCUAUUUUGUGGCUCCAUGCUGGUGAGAUUUCCUUUAAUGGCUGCCUGGCCCAGAUGUUUUGUGUACAUUCUGUCUAUGCUCUGGAGUCCUCAGUUCUUCUUGCCAUGGCCUUUGAUCGAUACGUGGCUAUCUGCAAACCUCUCAGAUAUACAACCAUCCUCAACCAUGGUGUCAUAGGCAGAAUAAGCUUUCUUGGACUAUUCCGUAGUAUAACUGUUGUUUCCCCCUUCAUCUUCUUGCUGAAGCGACUGCCCUACUGUGGGCACCGUGUCAUGGCACACACAUACUGUGAGCACAUGGGCAUUGCUCGACUAGCCUGCGCCAGUAUCACUGUCAAUGUUGUCUAUGGACUGACUGUAGCCCUGCUGGCAAUGGGUCUGGAUUCCAUCCUCAUUGCCAUAUCCUAUGGUUUUAUCCUCCAUGCUGUCUUUCGCCUGCCAUCCCAUGACGCUCGGCACAAGACUCUGAGUACCUGUGGUUCCCAUCUUGGAGUCAUCCUGGUUUUCUACAUUCCUGCCUUCUUCUCCUUCCUCACUCACCGCUUUGGCAGACACCGUGUCCCCAAGCAUGUGCACAUCUUUCUGGCUAAUCUCUAUGUGCUUGUGCCUCCUGUACUCAACCCAAUCAUCUAUGGGGCCAGAACCAAGGAGAUCCGGAGUCAACUUCUAAGAAUGCUUCGCUUGAGGAAGGACUUAGUAUAG